AUGAGACGAACGUCCUCGGCAUUACCAAAUACCACCUUCAGAGGUCGGGGAUUACCGGUUGUCGACGGUCGACCUAGUCGGAAGGCGGAUUUCACCCUGAUGGAAUUCGUUAACACCGCCUCAGUGCCAUCGAACAUCUUGUGCAGGCAGCCACGUAAAAGUAGCAAGUCAUGGUCAAGGCGUGACUGUGCAGAGCUCUCCAUUGACUCCGGUAAGUUAAACACAAUAAUGUACUGGGCCCUGGAUGGUAUACUCGUACAGUUUACUGUAAUGCCAUUUAUCGAAGAAGAAGAAGAAGAAGAAGAAGAGGAAGAUGUGGCUGUCACCAACGUGUCCGCUGUCCGAGCUCCACUAGAUUCCCCGGUAAUCUGA